UGGCAAUUGCCAACUGUAUUCCCUUGUAUUUUCUCUCUUUCUCUCUCUAUUACACUACACAACACAACACAACACAACACAACUUCGUCCCGCGAAUCUCGCUUUUUCUAAAUAAAAUUUAUCAAAAUCCAAUGAAUCAGCUUUUCUGUCCAGCUUUGGCCAUGUCACCACCCUUCUAGGAACGGUUAAACUUGAAACUUAAAGACACCUUGAAGAAGAAACAUUUGCAAUAUACUCACAAGAGAACGCUGAUAUUGCUCUACGUCAACGGCAAUCGCCGGUCCGGCCGACUAUUCACGUCGCUAUGGAAGCCUCUGGCGGAGGAGGAGCACCAGCUGACAUUGUCGCUCCGGCUGCAUUGCUACUAGAACUCGUCGGGGAGAUAAUCGGGAUGUUCGCCGGAAUUGGAAUCAUCGACCGUGAUCUAGUGUUUAGAAAGGAUUGUAUGGAUCUGGUACGGAGAAUUUCUUUGUUGACGCAUUUAUUGGAAGAGAUUAGAGAUUACAAAAGUGAAUCUGGUCCGUUGGAUGCGUCUAGUUCUUGUUCAUCAUCUUCUGGCAAUUGGUGCUCCGAUCUUUUUGGGGCUCUUCAGGCUGCUAAGCGUCUUCUAUCGGUUGCUGCCACUUUCAAAUCCAAUAAUAAUUCUGAUGGAGCUGCAAAGAAAAUUGCCUUCCAAUUUCAAUGUGUGACAUGGAAACUGGAAAAGGCAUUGGCUAGCAUACCGUACGAUCAGUUUGACAUCUCAGAGGAAGUACAAGAACAGGUUGCAUUGGUAAGAUCACAGUUGCAAAGAGCCUCAGAAAGAUAUGGGUCAAUGAAUUCAAGAGUAAUUUCUUUUACCUUAACUGCUGAUGCCAUGGACAAAGUAGUUGAUCAGGCUCAAAAGGGAAACAGGCUAACAAGGAGUGCACAUAUUGAGAAAACUUGUGAUUCCCAUCAUGAAGUUUUGGAAAAGCUAGACGCUGUUUCUGGAAGUGAUGGGUCAAAGAGCCAUGCUGCAGAUCAGGUCAUCAGUGAACCAAGUGAAGUUGAUCAAAGCAAGAAAAAUAAUUUGGCUUGCAAGAAUAUGGAAGACUUAAAGAAACCUGAUGCUCCCAUAAUUCCUGAUGACUUUUUAUGCCCUAUUUCUUUGGAAUUGAUGAGGGAUCCUGUAAUUGUGGCAACUGGACAGACUUAUGAGCGGUCUUAUAUUCAAAGAUGGAUAGACACUGGCAAUGUAACAUGUCCGAAAACGCAGCAAAAGCUUGAACACUUGACACUGACUCCAAAUUAUGUUUUGAGAAGUCUAAUAACUCAGUGGUGUGUGAAUCACAAUAUUGAGCAGCCAACUGGGUUAGCAAAUGGGAGAAUAAAAAAGAGCGAUGGAUCUUUUCGUGAUGUAAGUGGUGAUAUAGCAGCCAUCCAGGCACUUGUCCGCAAGCUCUCAAGCAGGUCUUUUGAUGAACGCAGAGCUGCUGUAUCUGAAAUCCGAUCCUUAUCUAAAAGAAGCACAGAUAACAGGAUACUAAUAGCAGAAGCAGGAGCUAUUCCUGUUCUAGUUAAUCUUUUAACUGCUGAAGAUGUAUCAGUACAAGAAAAUGCAGUUACCGCAAUUCUUAACCUCUCUAUAUAUGAAAAUAACAAGGGACUGAUAAUGCUUGCUGGUGCUAUUCCUUCAAUUGUCCAAGUUCUCAGAGCUGGGAGCAUUGAAGCAAAAGAGAAUGCAGCAGCAACACUUUUUAGCUUGUCACUUGGUGAUGAGAACAAAAUAAUAAUCGGUGCAUCGGGAGCGAUACCUGCUUUGGUAGAAUUGCUUGAAAAUGGGAGUCCUAGAGGGAAGAAAGAUGCUGCAACUGCCUUGUUCAAUCUGUGCAUUUAUCAAGGGAACAAGGGAAGGGCUGUAAGGGCUGGAAUUAUCCCAGCAUUGUUAAAGAUGAUCACAGAUUCAAGAAAUUGCAUGGCCAAUGAGGCGUUAACAAUUCUUUCUGUUCUAGCUAGCAACCAAGAUGCUAAGGUUGCCAUAGUAAAGGCUAGCACUAUACCUGUUCUCAUAGAUCUAUUGAGAACGAGCCAGCCACGCAACAAAGAGAAUGCAGCUGCCAUUUUGCUUUCCUUGUGCAAGAGAGAUCCUGAGAAUCUUACCUGCAUAAGUAGGCUCGGUGCCGUUAUACCAUUAAUGGAGCUAGCUAAAAGCGGCACUGAAAGGGCCAAGCGGAAGGCUACUUCGUUGUUGGAGCAUCUUCGAAAGCUACAGAACUCUAACAAUGGUAACUGAACCAAAAAGCUUGAUUUUUCAUUAAUUUUUUUGUUUCUUUUAUUCUAAUUAUUUGACAAUGAUUGCCACACCCACACCAUUCUAUUAUAUAGUGUGAUCCUGAGAACAUAAGCAUGAGAGACAAAGUCUUUCUCAUUGCUCUUUGUAUUUAUUUCCUUCUUCAUGCGUGUAAAAAUUACAAUUGAUAAUCUGUUUGUCAUGAUAAUAUUUGAUUAAUUAAAGAUUUCUUUUCUGUCUAA